GCCUUACUGCGCUCCCCCUUCACUUGCGCUGCAGCUCCCGCAGCAAGCCGGGUGUCGAUCUCUCCGAAAAUAUAGUUUGUUGUUAAACGAACUUUAGCAAUUGGUUUCAAAAUACGAAAUUGUGAUAAUUCGAUAACCAUAGAACAACUUUUAUAAGCACACCAAACUCCGUUAACUUUUACUACCUGAAAUCGCUGAAUGGAUUUCGUGGUUAGCCGGAUAGUUCAAUGUACACAGUUAGCUUGCUAGCUGGCUAGGUGUGUUGGCCGUGAAUGCCUCCGCUUUUUUGGGCUGAGGCGAGUCACGAUUCAUCGAGGUCUGCUUGGGGCCUCGCUAAAGUCUCUUCGGAUUUUCGCCAGACUUUUUAAAACGCCAGAUUACAGAAUGACGGAUAUAUCAGGUCUGCAGUUCGUAAGUCCUUAUGCUUUUGAGGCCAUGCAGAAGGUGGACGUGGUGCGGCUGGCAGCUCUAAGUGAUCCGGAGCUGAGGUUACUGUUGCCGUGCCUGGUGAGGAUGGCAUUGUGUGCCCCUGCAGACCAGAGCAAUGCGUGGGCCCAGGAUAAGAAACUCAUCCUGCGUCUGCUGUCCGGGGUGGAAGCAGUAAACUCCAUAGUAGCGUUGCUUUCUGUGGACUUUCACGCCCUGGAACAGGAUGCCAGGAAAGAGCAACAGCUCAGGCAAAAAGCAGGUGGCUCUAACGGUGAGAGUAUACUGGUUUCUCAGCUGCAGCAUGGUCUGACGUUAGAGUUUGAACACAGCGACCCGCUAAGGAGACUCAGACUGGCUCUCAGUGAGCUGCUGGCCAUCAUGAACAAGGUAGCUGACUCAAAUGGCGAGUUUUUUCUGAAGUCUUCUGAGCUUUUUGAGAGCCCUGUGUACCUGGAGGAGGUAGCUGAUGUUCUCUGCAUUCUUCAAGCAGAACUGCCCUCUUUGUUGCCUAUUGUAGAUGUGGCAGAGGCUUUGCUGCAUGUGCGAAAUGGAGACUGGUUCCUUUGUCUUCUUGUCGCCAAUGUCCCAGACAGCUUCAAUGAAGUAUGUCGCAGUCUAAUAAAGAAUGGUGAGCGUCAAGAUGAGGAGAGUGUGGGUGGAAGACGCAGAACUGAGGCUCUUAGACAGCUGUGCCAGAUGAACCCAUCUCAAGCUCUCAACAUCAGAGCCAUGGUGGUGGAGGAGUGUCAUCUGCCAGGAUUAGGAGUGGCUCUGACACUUGACUAUAAGCCUGAUUGUGCAGACGAGGCUGUUAGUCCUCUGGUGUCUUAUGUCAGUGGCCUGCUCUUGGGCACAAAUGGGAAAGUGCGCACCUGGUUUGGCUUGUUCAUCCGCAAUGGGCAGCAGAGAAAGAGAGAGAGUAGUUCUGUUUUGUGGCAGAUGCGCAGGCAGCUGCUUUUGGAGUUGGUGGCCAUCCUACCUCGCUCACGCAGUACACAUGUACCCAAUGACACAGAGCUACAUUCUGAAAUAGAGAGCAGUUCAGGUUAUUCAGGCCUGAGAGAAGAACAUGUGGUGAAGGCAAGCGCGCUACUCAGACUCUACUGUGCUCUCAUGGGCAUUGCUGGCCUUAGGCCCACAGAUGAGGAAGCUGAGCAGCUCCUCCAACUGAUGACCAGUCGCCCCCCUGCUACUCCUGCUGGAGUCCGCUUUGUCUCCUUGUCCUUCUGCAAAUUACUUGCCUUCCCUACUCUUGUCAGUACUCCAGAGCAGGAGCAAUUGAUGGUGAUGUGGCUCAGCUGGAUGAUCAAGGAGGAAGAGUACUUUGAGAGUGCUGCUGGUGUGUCUGCAUCCUUUGGAGAAAUGCUAUUACUGGUUGCCAUGUAUUUCCAUAGUAACCAGCUCAGUGCCAUUAUUGAACUUGUCUGCUCCACUCUCGGAAUGAAGAUUGCCAUUAAACCCAGCUCUCUGAACAAAAUGAAGACCAUCUUCACCCAUGAAAUCUUUACUGAACAGGUGGUAACUGGCCAUGCAGUGAGAGUAGCUGUCACCAACAACCUAAGUGCCAAUAUUACAGGGUUCCUCCCCAUCCAUUGCAUUUACCAGCUUCUCAAAAGCAGAGCAUUCACCAAGCACAAAGUUUCCAUUAAGGACUGGAUCUUUAGGCAGCUGUGUGAGACCACCACACCUCUUCACACUCAGCUGCUCCCCCUCAUUGAUGUUUACAUUAAUUCUAUCCUUACCCCUGCAUCGAAGGCCAACCCCGAGGCUACCAACCAGCCAAUCACAGAGCAGGAGAUUCUAAAUGUCUUUCAGGGCCGGGCAGAGGGAGAUGGUGGAAAAGGACGUUCUCAGUAUAGCAUCACCACUCAACUGUUGAUACUUUACUAUAUCCUGUCUUAUGAGGAGGCUUUACUGGCCAACACUAAGGCACUUGCUCUCAUGCAAAAGAAGCCCAAAUCCUACUCUGCUGCUCUUAUGGACCAGAUCCCCAUCAAGUACCUCAUCCACCAAGCCCAAGGCUUACAGCAGGAACUGGGUGGGCUGCAUUCUGCUUUACUGCGUCUCUUGGCCACUAACUACCCUCACCUGUGCAUGGUGGAGGAUUGGAUCUGUGAAGAAGAAGUUACUGGCACACUCCCCCUCCUGCGUAGGAUGCUGCUCACCACCCCAGCCUUCAAGUACUCGCAAAUGCAGGUGCACAAGGCCUUUCAGAAUGUGAUACAGAGUGGGCACAGGCUAAUGAGGAUCUUGGAGCACCUGAUGCUGCUCAGUGCAGGUGAUCUGAUCCCUUAUGCGGAGGCCCUCACAGGGAGCAUGAGCUUGCUGCUGGAGGACGGUGUCUCCCGCAGAGUCCUGCAAACCGUCAACAAACUCUGGAUGGUGCUCAAUAUCGUCAUGCCUCGUAGGCUGUGGGUGAUGACAGUGAAUGCUUUGCAGCCUUCCGUUAAGCUCCUCAGGCAGCACCGCUACACACAGAAUGAUUUGCUGGUGGACCCCCUCAUUGUGCUCCGCUGUGACCCCAGAGUCUUCAGGUGUCCUCCCCUGAUGGACAUCACGCUUCACAUGUUGAAUGGAUACCUGUUGGCUUCUAAAGCCUACUUGAAUGCCCACUUGAAGGAGACUGCUGAGUUUGAGCGGCAGACUCAGACAGUCUCAAACCUAGGGCUUACAGGUCAACCAGACACACCAGAGGUCACCAGGGAGGAGCUGAAAAACGCUUUAUUGGCUGCACAGGACAGUGCAGCAGUGCAGAUCCUGUUGGAGGUAUGUCUGCCCUCCUUUCAGGAGGAGCAACAGCUGGGUGCAGGAGGAAGUGACAGCUUGCUAAGGAGUGUUCGGUCUGUGUCAAGCCUGUCUGAGAGGGAGCAGGCGAGUGCUGGAGCUUUGCAGGGGCCCCUGGGGUCACAGCAGGCCAAGGCAGAAUCCAUGGGGCCUCAGGGGGCACAGCAACUAGAUGGGCUGCUCAGCGACCUUAGGGAAGUGCAGUGCCUUAUCUGCUGUCUGCUGCACCAGAUGUUCAUUGCAGACCCCAACAUUGCCAAACUAGUGCACUUUCAGGGUUAUCCUCAGGCCCUUCUUCCUCUGACUGUAGCUGGCAUUCCUUCCAUGCACAUCUGCCUGGACUUCAUUCCCGAGCUGCUUGCACAGCCUCAGCUGGAGAAACAGAUAUUUGCCAUCCAGCUGCUGUCUCACUUAUGCACACAGUAUGCUCUGCCCAAAUCUCUAAGUGUGGCACGUUUAGCUAUAAGCGUAAUGGGUACUCUACUCACAGUACUGAUGCAUGCCAAGCGCUUUGUGUUCUUCAUGCCCACUUUGCCAUGCCUGGUAUCGUUCUGCCGGGCAUUUCCUCCACUCUACGAUGAUGUGGCCUCCUUGCUGGUGCAAGUGGGCCAGGUGUGUGCUGCUGAUGUUGCCACUAAGGCCCGAGACAUUGAUCCAUUUAUUGCCAGGCUGCAGUAUUUCAGUGAGAAAACAAAAGAAGAACUCGGAUCAGAUAUGGAAUUGUCCAAAAUGGCUCUGCCUAAGAGAUCCACUGAGGAAUUGAGUGGGGCUGACCCUGAUGUUCAGCUGUGCUACUGUGUAGAGGCCACCUUCAUGGACAUCAUUAGGUUCAGUAUACAGGGACUCUAAAGUCUAAUGGAGCAAAGGUUAGGAAAGGAGUAGUUGUCUUCCACGUUCACUUCCACAUAAUGCUUGCCGUACUCAAAGAGUUAAGAGUUGCUAAACAGAAAAUCAUAAUCAUUAAAGAAAAUAUCGAAGGUAGUCAAACAGAAAAUAUGGUAACUUUGACUCCCCCCCAAUUAUUUAAGUUUAGUAAGUUACAGUGCUAAGUUGCUUUUUUAUGAAGGUAAGAAAGUUUCUUAGUAGAAUGACCCAUAGAUCCGCUGUACUAUUAUAUACUGAACAAAGAAAAUCAACCUUUGAUUCUAUUAUUGGCUGCUUAUUAUAGAAGAGCAGAUAUGUUUUCUCCAGAAAACUGGUUUUGGAGGUUUCUUCAGAACAGUGAUAUGUUUGGGGUAGUAGUGUUUGUCACACUGUUUACUUAUGAGUGUGUUGCUUGCAUUCAGUGGUGGCUAAUGUUAUUGGUCCGUUUUCUAGACCUCUUUAUAAAGUCAUGGUAUUCUCCAAGUGUGUUUUUGAACAUUUGUAAUAAAACUUUGAAAUCUGAA